AUUUUGUAGUUUUCUUGUUCUUUUUGCAUUUAAAGCUUUGACCCUUUGAAACCAUUCAUUGCUCCAAAUGAAGCACAACACAGAGAGUUUAGGCUUAGAAGUGUUAAAUUGUUAUGAUAAGGAGAAGGAAUUGAAUGAACUAAUGUCAACAAAAGCUGGUGUAAAAGGACUAGUAGAUUCUGGAAUCCUUAAGGUCCCUAGAAUAUUUCUUUACUCAGAUGAUGUAAAUCGUUUCGAUCAAGAGGGCUCGAAUCAUGUAGGCUUUCAAGUACCAAUAAUCAAUCUCGAAGGCUAUGAAGGUAAAAGGCGCAACAUGAUCAAGACCGAAAUGUUACAAGCAUCAAAGUCCUGGGGCAUAUUUCAGGUUCUUAACCAUGAGGUUCUGAUGGAUGUCAUGAAAAACAUGCUCGAAAGUGUGUACGAUUUUCACGAGCAGCCUAAAGAGAUGAAGGAGGCAUACUAUUCUCAUGAUUCCUCAAGGAAAGUGUGGUAUUAUGUGACUCUUCACUCUACUCAUAAAGCUGCAUUAUGGAAGGAUACAAUUGCUUGUCAGUUUGAGAACACGAGAGCUGAUUUUGAAGCCUUACCUCUCAUUUGCAGGAAACGAAUGUCUGAUUAUGUCGAGCACAUUAUCGAACUAAAAGGGAAGCUGAGCGAGUUGUUAUCAGAGGCUUUAGGGCUAGAGCACGACCACCUUGAACUAAUGGAAUGCAUGGACGCUCGAAAGGUGGUCGGGCAUUACUACCCUGCUUGCCCUGAGCCAGACAUGACUUUAGGCACAGCACACCAUUCAGACCCUUAUUUUUUCACAAUUUUGUUACAAGGUGAUAUUGAUGGACUCCAAGUCUUGCAUCAGGAUCAGUGGAUAGAUGUGAAACCCUUGGAUGGAGCACUUAUUGUUAUAAUAGGUGAUAUGUUGCAGUUGAUAACCAACAAUAUGGUAAGAACCGCUGAACAUAGAGUGCUAGCAAAUCGGAAAGGACCAAGGUUGUCAGCAGCGUGUUUUUUCUAUCCAAAUGGUAGAAAUAAAGAUCGAAAAUAUGGACCGAUAAAGGAACUUUUGUCUGAUAACAAUCCUGCAUUCUACAAAGAAAUCACUCAUGCUGAAUAUCUCAAGGAAUACAGUUUACAUGGAUUUUGUGGGUCCAAAGCUCUUCCUUAUUUCAAGAUUUAAGCUUUACCAACAAUUUAUUUAAUAACGACAUUUUAUUACCCAGUGCUGUUAAAUGACUUCCACGUGAGCGGAAUUUGAUGGCACAAAAUUACUAAGCAUUGUUUGAUGAUACUUUCAUGUAUGAGUUGACAUUUUCAAUUCAUUUAAAAUCUAAUAAGUAUGAUAUCCAUAAUUGAGCUGU